CAAGUCACAGUCUAGUGAAUAAACAGGACCGUACCAGCAGUCGUGCAAAACGGGUAGGCCGUCCUCAAUCUUCGUUUUCCUUAUUUGUCGUGAAAUUAGAGCAGAAAUGCUAACGUCGGUGACCGUUCCUACAAUUAUUAUAAUUUUGUAUCUAUUGCUUGAUGUCUUAAUAAAUUUAUAAAGUGUAUAAAUGCAUAAUUUGAGCAACGAAAAACUAUCAAUCUUAGCAAAUCAAGUAUCUAGAUUAAAAAAAAACGAGUACUUAUAUCAGUAAAUUGAUAGCUCAAGCAGUCCGCCAUAAUUGAACUCUUGACGAGUUGAGUCAUAUUGUUAACUUGAAUAAGUUAAAUACUAAACAGCGCAUGACUCAACGGACCCGAAUAGGUACCGAAAAGAGCCGAGUUCCCCCGAAGCUUAACAUCGACAUACAGUGAGGCUACAGUGAGCAGUCCAGGUACUAAAUAUAUGUCGAUGGUAUUAACUGGUUAUAACAGACUGGUCGUGACGGGACGUCAACAAACGUCAAAUUGAGAAUACCUAAAAACGGUAUCAGUCUUGAUUGAAUGAAACACUGCGUAUCCUCUGCUGCUGUCUUCUUGCCGAAACUUGCUUUACAAUGGAUAAAGAGAAAUCAAGCAGUCCAACACAGCAUGAUGAUAAUCAGAAUGACAGUACCUCUCAUAUUUCUCUUCUGGAUCUUCCUAUUGAGAUCCUUCUCCAUAUUUGUUCCUUUUUGGAUGCCUCCACAUUGGUACAUGGCUUGGGGUUAGUCUGUAAACACUUUCAUCAGAUUUUACUCGAUGAUUCUUUAUGGAAAGUGAGGAUUAGCCAAAUUUGGCCAAACACUGGUUUCCCAGUCUUGCCUCCUGCAAGUUGCAUAUGUCUUCCAGCUGAAGAUGAUGAAUUAUUUUGGAAAUUAUCCUGUGUUGCAAUUGAAAGACAAACAUUGCUCUGGAGAAAUUCUGUAGAGCGUGAUUCUAUGGAAAAUGUGUUUCUCGACAAUGUACACUAUGGUACAAUAGAUGGAGUAUUACUUAUGCGAGAUGGGACUGUUUGUAUAUCUGGAGCUAGGGACCGUUCCUUAGUAUACUGGACAUUGCCUACAGAAGAGAACAAAUUUGUCAAAUCCAUGGCAGUAGAACUUGCACAUGAGGGAUGGAUUUGGGAUCUGACGGCAAUUGAUAAUACAGUGUAUAGCUGUAGCUGGGACAGGACUGUUAAAGCAUGGGAACUUACCAACACUGGUCUCACUCACUUGACCACUUAUGAGAUGAUCGUUUCUGGAGCUUUAUUGUGCGUUACCUCCUGUUCAGACUUACCUAUCUUUGCGACAGGAUCUUUUUCCAAGACCGUCUUAGUGUUUGAUCCGCGAAAGGGUUACAGUCCUAUCGCGAGGUAUCAACCACAUAACAGAGCUGUGAUUAGGCUUUCUAUGAAUUCAGAUUAUAUCUUGUCUGCUAGCGAAGACAAAUCAGUUUCUAUUUGGGACCAGAGAGCUGGUAGAAUUAUGAAGACUGUUAUGAUCUCAAAAGAAUCAUUCCCGAUGAGUGUUUCAAUGAAUAAGGGAAUUGUCUAUGUUGGGGACAGUGGUGCUAAGCUACAUGUUUUAAACCCAAAGAAAGACUUUGAGCUAAAAAAGUGUUAUACAACUAAACAUGAAAAAGCUAUAACCGGACUUCAUGUUGCUCCUGGUUGUCUGAUAACUGGCUCCUUAGAUAAAACUGUAAUAAUUUGGAGUCCUACUGACCCUCCACAGCAUGUGGAAACUCUUACUUCACCUUAUGGUGAAGUACCUAGUGUAAAUCGACUAUAUGAACGAAGUUCUCGCGGUCUCGGGUACGGAUGGAAUAAAAAUCUGGAGACCGAGGACCGAUACUUAUGCUUUGUAACAGCCACGUAGUAAAUAUUUCCUACAAGCAGCUCUCUGUGUUCUAACAAAUGUUAGGUUAGUUUAGUAUAAUUCCAGACAUGAAAGUCCAAACAAUGAAAUAUUGAUACCGUUAUCUAAUAAAGGCUUUGCUAACAAUUGUGUAGCAGUGAUUAUUGAAUUG